UCAGCGCCACAUAUGAAGCCAGGUACCAUGGAAUAUAUGCGAUACAAGCUUCAGAAUCACAUACCGAGACUCGUCAUUUAUUGGGACCUUCACAAGCCUGACCUUCUAUAUCUAUACAGAAAGUAUUAUAUUGAUGGUAAACCUAUUGACCAUGAGGAGCUCGGACGGUAUCGUUUGUUCUACAACAAGAGUAAAAGAGGUGAAUUCCUCUGCCCUCCGGGCCACAGAAGAGACCCUUGGAGAGCAGCUGUCCAAUUGCUCAAUCCUUCACGUGUCCUGCCUGCCAAAAUGACCAUUGAUCAAUUGCAAACGGCUUAUAGGGAAGAGGGCGGUCGUCGAUAAUUCUUCUAUAGUGUUUUAAAAUUCACACUCUCAAUGUGUUGGUCUCCUAAGUGUGUUUCCAUAAAAUGAUACAGUCGAUUCACUUUGAUCUAUGAUGUUUCUGGUGAUGUAAAAAAACCCUCAUCCAUCACUUUGGAAUUAUCUGUUGUCAAAACGUGCAAUUUCGUGGCUUCGUUCAUUCCCGUUACAUUUUCAUGUCUCAUUAAAGCAAAGACAUCCUUUUAGUCGAUGCUCCAGAUUCAAACUUCUGUUAGAUUUCAUUCUAUGAUGUCUGCCUCAUUGGCACAAUUUCCAUGAAGCUUGCUCUCUGAUCCACAGAAAAAAUGAGUUCCGUCAGCAUGAUC